AUGCACAUUUGUUAUAGCAAGGACAUAAGUGAUCCAAGGGUCCUUAGUGAUGUUGGGGACAUGCCAAUUCAAGAGCUGCACGAAGCUCAAAUUGAUGAUGACAGAUUGAUGCAGUGCAUCACUGAUUGUGUCACAGAAGUCAUGAAUGUUAGUCCAAUGAGGCCUUUGGUCCUUGGUGGGGACCACUCGAUUUCUUUCCCGGUGGUGAGAGCCGUGUCCGAGAAGCUUGGAGGCCCAGUUGACAUCCUCCACAUUGACGCUCAUCCGGAUCUCUAUGAGGCCUUCAUGGGGGACCCUUACUCUCAUGCAUCACCCUUUGCAAGAAUCAUGGAGAAUGGCUAUUGCAGAAACCUCGUGCAGGUUGGGAUCAGAUCAAUCAACUCAGAAGGGCGUCAACAAGCGCAGAGAUUCGGCGUGAAGCAGAUCGAAAUGCGAAACUACGAAGAUCACAGGGAGGAACUGGAAAAUCUGACAUUAGGUGUAGGUGACGAUGUGAAAGGAGUGUACGUAUCGAUCGACUGCGACGGUGGACUGUCCUUCAGGGAUGUGAUGAACAUUGUCCAAAACCUAAAGGGUGACAUUGUUGGUGCUGACGUGGUGGAGUUCAACCCGCAGCUUGACCCAGCCGAGGGCCAGGGCCUUACCAUGUUUGUUGCCGCCAAAGUUGUCCGAGAAGUUGCCGCCAAAAUGUCCAAGUGA